AUGGCAGACAAAGAGACCCAAGAACAAGCCAAAACGUCCGCCAUUGUCCACGCCAAAGUCUGGGGAGAAUCACCUGUCCCACCCACCGCCCUCGCCGCCCUGAUCACAGCGCAAGCUCUCCGGCCCCCUCAAAUCCUCCCAUUGCUCUUCCCCCCCGUCCUCCUCUUCAGCACAUACCUCAACAUCUAUGAUUACAAAACUGACGCCGCGGGUCUCAAUGCCGCCUGGUCGGGGUUAUAUAUGCUAUUAGCGAGGCGGAGGAAACAGCAUUUAGCGAGGAAGUUUGGCACUAGGGGGUUGAUAAGGGGGGCGACGAUGGGCUUGUGCACUAUCAAUCUAGUCUGUGGGGGACUGGUCUAUGCGGUGGGGAAGCGGGAGGGGGAUGGGAAUGAUGCUGCAUGA